AUGUUUUCUCUAAGAAGCACCAUGAGAACUUCUUUGAAGUCUAUGUGCAAAACACAAUCUAGAUUGAUCUCUUCCUCCAGUGUUGCAGCUAAGUCCACUUACAGAACUCCAAACUUUGGUGAUGCUGUCCAAGAUGACAUUAACCCAGAUAAGAGCCGUUCUUUCGCCUAUUUCAUGGUUGGUUCUCUAGGUUUGCUAUCCUCUGCUGGUGCCAAGUCUACUGUUGAAACUUUCGUUUCUUCUAUGUCUGCAUCUGCUGAUGUUUUGGCUAUGGCUAAAGUAGAAGUCAACCUAGCUUCCAUCCCAGAGGGUAAAAACGUUGUUGUCAAAUGGCAAGGUAAACCAGUCUUCAUUAGACACAGAACUGCACACGAAAUUCAAGAAGCUAAUGACAUCGAUAUCUCUUCUUUGAAGGAUCCUCAAACUGAUGCUGACAGAGUCAAGGACCCACAAUGGUUGAUCAUGUUGGGUAUUUGUACCCAUUUGGGUUGUGUUCCUAUCGGUGAAGCUGGUGAUUUCGGUGGUUGGUUCUGUCCUUGCCACGGUUCCCAUUACGAUAUCUCUGGUAGAAUCAGAAAAGGUCCAGCUCCAUUGAACUUGGAAAUUCCACAAUAUGAAUUUGAAGAUGGUGAAUCCAAGCUAAUCGUUGGUUAA